UUCACCUUUAAAUACAGAGAGGUAAAAAAUAAUAUUCGUCUGUGUUCUACUAUAGAUUAUACACUGCAAAUCCAUUCUAUAACAGAGAUCCACCUCUAUAACAUAACAGAGAUCUCUAGAGUAAAAUACAGAGGCAUCCAUUGGAGAUGCUCUGGAAGACCGAACCUUCGAUCUCAUUCUCUGGAGAAGAAAGUUCAAUCCCUUUUUGAUUAAACAAUGGCGAAGAACGUAGGGAUAUUGGCUAUGGACAUCUAUUUCCCUCCCACCUGUGUUCAACAGGAAGCUUUGGAAGCUCAUGAUGGAGCAAGCAAAGGGAAAUACACCAUUGGACUUGGUCAAGAUUGUUUAGCUUUUUGCACUGAGCUUGAAGAUGUUAUCUCAAUGAGUUUCAAUGCGGUGACAUCUCUUCUUGAAAAGUACAAGAUUGACCCCAAGCAAAUUGGGCGUCUUGAAGUAGGCAGUGAGACUGUCAUUGACAAGAGCAAGUCCAUCAAAACCUUCUUGAUGCAACUCUUUGAGAAAUGUGGAAACACUGAUGUAGAAGGUGUUGACUCGACCAAUGCUUGCUAUGGUGGAACUGCAGCUUUGCUAAACUGUGUCAAUUGGGUUGAGAGUAACUCCUGGGAUGGACGCUAUGGCCUUGUCAUUUGUACUGACAGUGCGGUUUAUGCAGAAGGACCCGCAAGGCCCACUGGAGGAGCAGCUGCCAUUGCUAUGUUGAUAGGACCAGAUGCUCCUAUUGUUUGUGAGAGCAAAUUGAGAGGAAGCCACAUGGCUCAUGUCUAUGACUUUUACAAGCCAAAUCUUGCUAGCGAGUACCCGGUUGUUGAUGGUAAGCUUUCACAGACAUGCUACCUUAUGGCACUUGACUCUUGCUAUAAACAUUUGUGCAACAAGUUUGAGAAACUUGAGGGCAAAGAGUUCUCCAUCAAUGAUGCUGAUUACUUUGUCUUCCAUUCUCCAUACAACAAACUUGUGCAGAAAAGCUUUGCUCGUCUCUUGUACAACGACUUCUUGAGAAACGCAAGCUCCAUUGAUGAGGCUGCCAAAGAAAAGUUCACUCCUUAUUCCUCCUUGUCCCUCGAUGAGUGUUACCAAAGCCGUGAUCUUGAAAAGGUGUCACAACAACUAGCAAAAACGUAUUAUGAUGCUAAAGUGCAACCAACGACUUUAGUACCAAAACAAGUCGGUAACAUGUACACUGCUUCUCUCUACGCAGCAUUUGCUUCCCUCGUCCACAACAAACACAGCGAUUUGGCGGGAAAGCGGGUGGUUAUGUUCUCAUAUGGAAGUGGUUCAACCGCAACAAUGUUCUCAUUGCGUCUCUGCGAGAACCAGUCUCCUUUCAGCUUAUCAAACAUCGCUUCUGUAAUGGAUGUUGGCGGUAAAUUGAAGGCUAGACAUGAGUAUGCACCUGAGAAGUUUGUGGAGACAAUGAAGCUAAUGGAACAUAGGUACGGAGCAAAGGAGUUUGUGACGAGCAAGGAAGGUAUCUUAGACCUUUUGGCUCCGGGGACUUAUUAUCUGAAAGAGGUUGAUUCAUUGUACCGGAGAUUCUAUGGCAAGAAAGGAGACGAUGGAUCCAUAACCAAUGGACACUGAUUCUUGAAAGCAUAAAUCACUUGAAAGAUGGUGUCUACUCAUCGCUCUUUAUGUUUACUUUCCAAAAUUUAUAAGGUUCUUGUUACUUUGAUUUAGGGACAGUUUGCAUGCUCUUGUUUUUAUUUGCCAUUGAUUCGAUUCUCUGAAGCUUUUUUUUUUUUCUCUUAGUGUGUGUUUUAAAUAAGCCCGUUAAUUUUAGGAAUUAUUAAGAUGUUAAAAUAAACCUUUAAAUUAUUCAUCAUGUGGAUUAUUUAUGGUGUU